CAGUCCUUAAACCCUAAACACUCCACUGUUCUUGCUUCAGCGAAGAAGACGAUGGAGACCCGAAGCUUAUUGGACGAAGCCUUGGGCCUUCAACGCCUCGCCGGCCGCGUUCUCCUCAUCGAAGACUGCGUCGAGACCAGUGCCGCUUUCGUCCUCCACCACCUCCUCAAGCGCUCUCUCUCUCAGCCUCUUCACUCCUCCAACGUCGUCGUUUUCGUCGCCUUCGCCCAACCCUUUACUCACUACGAUCGGAUCCUCCGAAAACUCGGCUGUAAUUUAGCUGCGCAAAGGGACAGUAAUAAAUUCUUUUUCAUUGAUAUGAUUGGAGAUUAUUGGCCAGGUGGAAAUGAUGGGAAUGGCGGAGAUGGUGGGCUGGCUAAAUUGUUUGGGAAAAUUCUGGAGAUUAUAAGUGCCUUGUCUCAAGAAAGCGAGAACUGUGUUACUGUUAUGAUAGAUGAUGUCUCUCUGAUGGAGGUGACUGCGUCUGGACGUACGAAUCUUGUCUUAGAUUUUCUGCAUUACUGCCACACUUUAGUAUCAGAAUUUGGAUGUUCUUUAGUCAUGCUCAAUCAUGAGGACAUCUAUGCAGGCAUGGGGAGGCCUACACUGCUUUUACAGAUGGAGUACCUAGCAGAUAUACUGAUAAAGGCAGAACCUUUGGCCACUGGUUUGGCCUCAGAUGUGCAUGGACAGUUGACAGUUGUGAACAAGAGCAUUGAUGAUGGGGAGAGAUCAAGAAACAAGCUGUGUAAUUUGCAUUUCAAGGUCAAAGAAAAUAGUGUAGAGUAUUUCUAUCCUGGAAGCAGGACUUGAUGAGGACCUUGAAUACCUGAGGGAUCUCAAAUUGUGGAUGCGUAUACCUACCUACAUGGGAGCUCUCAAAGUGUUUGAUUAGGCAAGUUUGCCAAGCAUCCCUUCUCACUUGGGAAUGUAAUGUUGACCUGUUAUUCCAAUUUUUCAGCUGAUGUUAUUGUAACCAAUUCAUUUUUAGACGGUUUCUAGUACACCUAACAUACAACCUUACCCUCGAAAUGAAAGUUAUCCUGGUUAAUUUUGAGCAUCUACUUUGUUCUCUAAUGUGU